CCCAAGUAAAGAAAAUUAAAAAUUUCUAGUAAAUUGACCACUCAUAAUGUUUUUCUUAUUCAUAUGAGCCACGAAGACAAUACAAAGUACAAAGAAGAAGAAGGGGAAUUCGAACCUAUAAACGAUACUUGUAACCUAUCAUUCACUCACAAUGUAAUAAUAAUAAAAAAGGAAUGUAGGGUUAAAGGUAGGUAGUAUCUGAUUCCUUGUUGGCAGUCAUACACGGAGUUCCGCUAUACAAAAUUGCGAGUAACAUCUUUUUUCGUCAUUUCUCUUGUCUUAUUUAUAUUUUCCUAAAUCUUCUGAGGGAGAAUUGCGGACAACAAGGACCCAACACCAAAAAUAAUGGGGGAUAAUAUUUUUCUUAAAAAUAAUUAGAAUUAAAUGAAAAAAAUAUGUUUCUAAAAAUGUAGAUAUCACAAAUUUUUCCUAUGACUGGGUCUCCUAGCUUUUCUCCUUCCCACCCACCAACCCCAAAAACAUUUCCAAAUGGAUUUCAAGUUGACAAUAGCCAAUAGUAGAAACAAAGUGGUAAGAAAAAGGAAAGAAAUAAAAAUAUUAAAUAUUAAAAUCCUCCAAGUAAAAACCUUUUUGUCCAAAAUCUUAAAAAAUAGAUUUUUUUUUUUUUGAGGGAACUUGGAAAAUAGAUUUUAUUAUUCAAAUCCUGAACGUUGGCACCCACCUUCUCUUUCCCUUCCCUCUAUCUUUCUAUCUCUCUGGCAUUACAAUGUCACCAUUUUCUUGCACAUUUGCAACAUGAAGACAAUAAAAACAUAAAGACAAAGUGUAGGUGGGUGAUCAUAUUAAGAGAAAAUCAAACAUUUUUUGGCAUUGUUUUCAUGCAUUGUCAACAUUUUGUAUGUUGAGAAUUAGACAAAAUUCAUGAUAAAAUAAGAUGAACCUUACUAUAUCAUAAGGAAAGGUUUGUUUUUCCAUUCUGGUUAUCCUCAUUUUUUUCAUCCUCAAAAAAUAUUCUCAAGCUUACUUUUUGUCAUUUGUAACACCUUUUAGUUUUGUUUUGUUUUGUGUUCCUUCCCCCCUUCUUUCCCUUUUGAAAUAUUUUCAUUGCAUACAUAUGCAUGGAUGCUGGAAAUCUUUCAUUGAGUUUGUAGAAUAAAUACAAGAGAAAGAUGAGCAGUGUUUCAUCACCAGAUCAUAAAAAAUCAGGAUGUGGGUUAUUAGGGGCAGUUUUUGGUGGAAGGAAAAAGUUUUGGCCAAGAAGAACCACAUCAACAGGUUCUCUCCCUAAUCAAGAUGGUAUCCUUAAAAGCAUCAACAGCCCUAAGAGAAUUCCUAGUGCUGGCCAUAAUUCCAAGAAGAGACGCGGUAGUUUUGAUGAUCUCGAUGCUAAUAGUAUCUCUUCCCAACCUUCCUCUAGCCGUGUUGGCCCUAAACCUCAACAGAAAGUUCCUCCUGGUAGACACCAACAACAACAUCUAAAUCAACAUCAAGGUAGAAGACCGUCCUCAAAUGACACAACUGUAGUGCCAGUUUCAAGAAGCCAGGCAUCAGCUCAGAAUCAAAGUAAUGGACAUAAUACAAGGAAGACGGUUCCAAAGGAAUCCAUGGGGAUAUCUGGUGAGUUAGAGAUGAUGAUAGCCGAGCAGCAGAAGGGUCGAGUAGGAGGAAAUCUUGUCCGUGCUUCAUCUGGCAAUGUGAUGGUUCAUAGUAGUUUGGGUAACUUGAGGCAGCCUGGGGGAACCACUUAUACUGGCACAAAACCAGGUACUAAUGGUAGGCCUGAAGAAUAUCAAACUCCAAACAACAACAAUAAUUAUAGUCAUAAUAACAUGUCAUCAAAAUAUUCAAAUAGCGGGAUGGGGAAUAUAGUGAACAAGAAGCAGAUAGAAAAUGGAGGGAAAACAACAAUAGGAGGGACUUCGUUAUGUCGAGCAUUGUCUUGUAGGAUGGACCCUGAGGAAUUGAAGAUAUUGGGAAAUGAAGAUUACAAGAAUGGCAAUUUUGCAGAAGCUUUAGCUUUGUAUGAACGAGCCAUCGAUUUGGACCCUUCUAAGGCUUCUUACAGAAGUAAUAAGAGUGCGGCUUUGACAGCUCUUGGACGGCUUCUUGAGGCUGUUUUUGAGUGCAGAGAAGCCAUUGGUAUUGAACCUCACUACCACAGGGCUCACCACCGUUUGGCUAAUCUUUAUCUCAGAUUAGGAGAAGCGGAAAAGGUUUCGUUUCACUUUAAAAAAGCAGGGCCAGAAGCCGACCCAGAUAUAUUGAAUCAUGCAAAGGCUGUUCUAGGACACCUGAAGAAGUGCGAGGAGGCUAAGAGGUUGAAGGAUUGGCACACUGUGCUCAGAGAAUCUGGCAACGCCAUAGCUGCCGGAGCAGAUUCUGCACCUAUGAUAUUUGCAAUGCAAGCUGAGGCAUAUUUGAAACUCCAUCGGCCUCAAGAUGCUGUGACAACAUUGACAAAUGGUCCAAAUUUUGAUACGGAUCGAUGCACCAAGUUCUUUGGUCCUGCUGGAAAUGCUAUGUUGUUGGUGGUCAGGGCUCAGGUAGACAUGGCUGCUGGGAGGUUUGAUGAAGCAAUGGAAGCUAUCCAACAUGCAGGUAGACUAGACCCAUCCAAUAGGGAGGUGGGGGUAGUAACUCGAAGGGCUCGAGCUGUGUCUACUGCUCGAGCUCAUGGGAAUGACCUCUUUAAAGAAGGUAGGUUCUCAGAAGCUUGUGUUGCUUAUGGCCAGGGGCUUGAGCAUGACCCACACAACUCGGUCUUGCUUUGCAACCGCGCUGCUUCUCGUGUCAAACUAGGGCAGUUUGAGAAAGCAAUAGAGGACUGUACGGCCGCACUUAAUUCACGAUCCUCUUAUACCAAGGCUAGACUAAGAAGAGCUGACUGUAAUGCCAAGUUGCAAAAAUGGGAAACUGCUAUAAGAGAUUAUGAGAUAUUGUUGCAAGAAUCACCGGGAAAUGAGGAUGUUGCAAAGGCAUAUUUCGAGGCACAGAUGCAACUCAAGAAGCAGCGGGGAGAAGACGUGUCAAAUGUAAGAUUUGGGAAUGAUGGUUUAAUUAAAAUCCAAAGUAACGAGCACUUCAAGGAUGUCACAUCCUGGCCUGGUUUAUCAGUAGCAUUGUUCUAUAACAAGCCAGGCAACCAACAAACGCUGCAAUUUAUCGAACAACUCUGCAAGAGAUACCUUACCAUUAAAUUUCUCAAGGUUGAUGUUGAAGAUCACCAAAGCUUGGUGAAAUCUGAGGGUGUUAGCACAUUGCCAGCCUUCAAGAUAUACCGAAAUGGCUCAAGGCUUACAGAACUUCCUGGAGAAGAUCAUGAAUUCUUAGAAAACUCCAUCAAAGAGUAUACAAGCUAGCAUACAUGGAAAAACCAUAGUAGUGGAAGUUUGUCAUUCUUUCAAUUUUUUUUUUGGCUACACAAUUGAGUGCAUGGUUGGAAUGGCAAAAGUAGUAAGUUUGUAAGGACAAAGCUUGCCUUGGGCUUGGGUUACAUAUUUUGACGGGAAGAAAAAUCUGGGGAUUAUCCAUUUACAUUUGUGCUGCUAAUAUGAUUUUCAGAUUGUAUAGAGCCAAAAGAAUUGAAGAAGAGAAUUGGAAAAUGAAUCAUUUGUUUGUUUCUCUUU